AUGUUCAGGAACCAUACCAAUCAAGACGUCACAAAACUUAUAUGUAUUAAUAUUGAGAGCAACCAAUUUGAAGGGACUAUUCCAACACAGUUAUUCAAUCAAUCUUUUUUGUUUCAUUUGGACCUUGCACAUAACAAACUUUCAGGAUCUAUGCCAAAGUGCAUCUAUAACUUGACUCAAAUGAUUACUUUUCAUUUUACUUUUUAUGGACAUACAAUUGAGUUGUUUAUAAAAGGUCAACAUUAUGUGUCUGAAUUCCAAUCAGAAUGGCGGACUUUUGACCUAUCAGGCAAUAGCUUGUCUGGAGAAGUGUCAUUAGAAUUAUUUCGGCUUGUUCAAAUUCAAUCAUUGAACUUAUCUCACAAUAAUUUUAAUGGAACAAUACCGAAAGAGAUUGGAGGAAUGAAACAUAUGGAAUCUCUUGAUCUCUCUAAUAAUAAGUUUUGUGGAGAAAUUCCUCAAACCAUGUCUCUCUUAAACUUUUUAGAUUAUUUGAAUUUAUCUUGCAACAAUUUUGACGGAAAAAUACAAAUAGGAACUCAACUUCAAAGUUUUAAUGCAUCAAGCUACAUCGGGAAUCCUAAACUAUGUGGAGAUCCUCUUAAUAAUUGUACCACGGAAGAAGAAAAUCCUAAAAAUGCAACUCCGUCUACAGAUAAUGACUCUAUAAGAGAAUCAUUGUAUCUAGGUAUGAGAGUUGGAUUUGCAGCAGGUUUCUGGGGAAUUUGUGGUUCUUUGUUUCUUAUUAGGAAAUGGAGGCAUGCAUGCUUUCGGUUUGUUGAUGGAGUGGGUGACAAGCUUUAUGUAACUUUGAUGGUAAAGUUAAAUAGCUUUCACAGAAAUUGAGUUCUUGCCAGUUAAGGUUAGUGAAACUUCACAGUUUUAUUGAUCUGACUACAGAAAGUGAAUUCGGUUUCUCUGACUUCACAGUUAAUCCAGUUUUAUUCUACUUAAAUGUUGCUACUGAAUUCAUCUUUCACUUGUUGUAAUGUUUUGUUCAUUGAAAUUGUUGUCAAACUUUAUAUUUAAAUUGAUGUAUCAAAAUAAACGUGUGUUUGUUUCAAUUGCUAGUGGUGGUGUCUGUGCAGUAUAUUCUAUUCUAUUUCAUUUUAAUUUAAGGUCACUAGGUUAGAGAAACUCACUCACAGAGCCAAUACAUUGUAAUAUAUCAACAGUUAAAUGUUGCUGCUGAAUUCAUCUUUCACUUGUUGUGAUGUUUUUGUUCACUGAAAAACUAUGUAUCUGUCUCUUUAAUUUUUGUGUUAGUUAUGGAUUUUGUUGAGAAACUUUUCUGCUUUCAACUCUACAUUAUGUGAAGAUGCCAUAUGGUAUUUGAUAUGCAGUAGAAAAUAAAAAACUAAUAUUCUCAUUUCAAAAAUAAAUUGAAUUUGAACUUGCUACUUUUUUUUGGUAGUCUUUCAAAGAUACAACUACAACUAAAGCUUAAACUUAAUCACUAUUGUUAGGAAGAAAG